CAUAAAUGGAUGAAAUAUACGAUAUUGAUGAUAGUUGUUUAUUCACCACUAUUACUACUACUUCACAUGAUCCCACUGAAUCACAAAAAAAUAGUGAUGACCUUAUCUUAUUCCCAAGUAUGAAAUGCGAAACCUCUUAUGAUAGAAAGAAAAAUGAUCUACUAUGGAAAUUAACAACGCCGUUAUCAUCUUCAUCUCCCUCAUCAUUAAUAACAACAACAUCUCAUUCAUUAACAUAUUUAAACCGUCAUCAUUUUUCAAAUGCCCAUUCAAGAAAUGUAACUAAACAUCACGUUCAGCAUCAUCAUCAACGAAAUGCUCGUUUAAGUAUAAAUGCUAGAGAAAGACGACGAAUGCAUGAUUUAAAUGAUGCAUUAGAUGAUUUACGCAGUGUUAUCCCGUAUGCACACAGUCCAUCUGUAAGAAAACUGUCAAAAAUCGCUACAUUGUUAUUAGCGAAAAAUUACAUUCUAAUGCAGGCAAAUGCAAUUGAUGAAUUAUACAAAUUAAUCAUACGUCUUAACUCACAAAUUCAACAGUCAGACUCUUUAUUAUUAAAUGAUGAUAAUAAAAGCAUCACAUUUGAACCUAUCAAGUCGAAAUUACUGGAUACUACUCACCUUGAUAGCAACUGUAAUAUUCCAAGUAAUGUUAUAUAUACAUCUCCUGUCCACCCGAUAUCUUUCCCAUCUCACCUACCUCCAUGUUCAAUGUCAAGUUCAUCAGAAAACAAUAAGUAAAACAAAGCAUCUAUCAAUAAACUACUAUAUUUUUUCAAUAAUGAUAAUAAUAACUUAAAGAUCUUCAGAGUUAAAGUGCAAUAUGGUUGGUCAGCUUAACUAAUAAUUUCACUAAACAAUUUGAAUGGAUUUUCUUAUACCACUUGUAAAAGUGUUUAUUA